CCAAAAAAUAUAUAGUCCUUCACUGUGCCUGCAUUCAUCAAUCAUGGAAACCAAAACUGCUAAGUCAAUGUUGUCUACAACACCCAUGAAAGGAAGAGAAACUCGGCCAAUUCAUUACACAUUCAGAAUUGAGUCCUUCUCAAUGCUUUCCAAGUUCUCAGUAGAAAAAUGUGCUUCCGAAGAAUUUGAAGCAGGGGGUUACAAAUGGAGCCUAUCUAUUUAUCCAACAGGGAACACAAAAGGAGAAGGAGAAGGUCAUGUUUCUAUUUAUUUGGUGCUUAUGGACACAAGCUCAUUACCUGUUGAUUGGGAAGUCAAAGCCAUAGUCAAUUUUUCUGCAUACAAUUUUCUUGAUGAUGAGUAUGUUACAACUCAAGAUACAAGUCUAAGGCGUUUCCAUGCCCUGAAAACUGAGUGGGGGGUCCCCAAAUUCAUGGACCUGGGCACAUUUAAUGACCCUUCAAAAGGAUAUCUGAUUGAUGAUACUUGUGUUUUUGGAGCUGAGGUUUUCGUUGUCAAGAACACACAUAAAGGCGAUUGCUUAUCAAUGUUACAUGGACCUGUGACUGUUUCCCAUAGCUGGAAAUUCAAAUUUUCCCAAUCAAUAGAAAAGCACGAGUCUGAAUCAUUUUUUGGGGGAGACUACAAAUGGAAACUCGUUUUAUACCCCAAUGGAAUAGUUGAGGGAAAGGGUAAUAGUAUGUCACUAUUUUUAGUUUUGGAUGUGUCAACUCUCCCACCCAACACCAAGCUUGUUGUCGAUUGCAUCCUGCGCGCAAAAGACCAACUCAGAGAGCAACAUGCUAUACAAAAAUUCUGUCGAAAGUUCUCGGAGUCGGCUUCCGUGUGGGGUUCAAGACGGCUUGUGGCCUUGGCUAAAGUUAGAGAUCUGAAGAAUGGGCUUUUGUUGGGUGAUAGUUGCAUCCUUGAAGCUGAAUUUACAAUUCUUGGCCUAAUUAAACCAGGAAUAUGAUAAUUAAUAUGUUUAUACAUGUAUUAUUGAAUGCUACUGUCAUUAUGUUAUUACUAAUUAAUUAGUAA